CUGUAGUGUUAAGGAUAUUUGAGUCCCUAUUUAUUAGAUUAUGUUUUGCUUUUCACUCUUCUGUCAAUGGCUAUCAUGCCAGCCACCUUGAUUAAAGAAAUAGCCGCAGUGCCAAGAGUUUCAGUACAACAGAUUUUUUGUCAUGAAAAUGAAAUUUUGGCUUUUCAGCAAUUCUGGGUCGUUAUUGAAUUUUCAACAAUAUCACGCAUCUAUGUUUAUGUAUUAGAAAAUUGCAACAUGGUGGAAGGACCAUUAUGUAUUCUUUUUUUCGCAAGUUGAGGUUGAAGAUGUCUAUUUGAUAUGUCCAUACCUUUUCUGUCAUUUCUAUUUGGUCGUGAUAUGAAUCUUCCUUCUAUUUGGCAUCAAAAUAAGCCUACCCUUAGACUGUGUCAUCAGGUUAUGCCUGACAUACCUCUUAUUUAACUGGCGAUUACAAUCUUGCUACUGUUCCUACAUUCAAGGACCUGUCAGUUGAAAGUCCAAAAUAUUGGUGAUUCUGGCCUGAAGUGGAAAUUUUUUUAUCUUGAGACUAUGAGAACCAAUCGAGGGAAACGCUCUAAGGCCUUUUGGCCUUCCAUUGUGAUGAAGAAGUGGCUAAAUAUCAAGCCGAAGGUGCAUGAGUUCAGUGAAGAUGAGGUUGACACUGAAACUGAAAGUGAAGAUGAUGCUUGCUCUCUUAAAGAUGAAAGAAUGCACGUGCCUGAGGAUCAUGCUCAGAGGACACAGGGGAACCCUUUCACUCGGCCCGGUCAAACUUCAGCCAGUACUUUGAUUUCUAUGGGUACAUCUUCCACAGAUUAUCGGUUAAGGCACAGGAGAGGAAAAUCUAAAACUUUGCGUGCACAGUACAUUAAUACAAAGGAUGUGAGGGUGACAAUUGGGACUUGGAAUGUUGCUGGAAAACUUCCAAAUGAAGAUCUUGAGAUUGAUGACUGGCCUUGUACAGAAGAGCCAGCAGAUAUUUACAUUAUUGGGAUUCUUCAAAGGACUGGCGGACGUAUACAAUGCUGGUGGAGUUAUUGGAUCAAUCUUGGUGUCCUUUGCUUGUUUUGGGUUGGUCUGGUAGAAGAAGAAGAACUACCCAUGAAAGAAAUAGUUGGAAAGCUAACGACAAACACAAUGUAAAGUAAAAUAAUUAUUCAUGAAGAAGAGCUUUCAUGUAAUGU